AUGAAUAAAUAUUCAGACAUAGAAUCUCGUUUAUGCAGGAGCACUACUCCAGACUGCGGGAAAGAAUCAUCCAGGCCUCAAACUACUGCAUCAUUCUCCUCACGACUAUUUAACACUGAGCUUCGAAAGCAGUUAUCAUGACGCUACAUCCACUCAACUCCUAUUGACAAGAAAAACACGAAAUCUUCAUCUCCCAGCAUAAAAAUAAAAUGGUGACUACUCUGACCCGUCCUUCUCCCACUGCCUCGGGCUUUGUGGGUCUAAGAGGGAUGGGGCCUGGAGAAUUUGUGUCCGGGGUAGGUUUUUUCUCCCUGGCCAGGACACCAUGGCAGGGUUUUUUACCUCAACCUAUGACAAGAAGACCAGAGUCGCAAAGGCAACACCACACUCCUGACAACGAAGGUAGUAAUGGAGGACAGGAGGAGGCUUCAGAACACCUACCGUCUCCCCCUCCGGACGGACGGGCUGACCGAUAGGGGUUGCCCCAAGAAGUACCUGGGUGCGUCACCUCGAGAGCGCUGACGUCACCAUUUUUUGGUGACGUCGACAAAAAGGGCGUAAUCUAAUCAUCUCCCAGCAAUAGCACUUAUAAAAUCAAUUUGGUAGCCUUAAAAGAACUUGCUCCUGGUGAGAUCAGCUCAUUAACAGACAGAGAAAACUUCAGAGCUGGGAGUAGUUAUCAAGAUCUCAGUGCAUCUACUCAGAGAUUGCCUGAGAAACAGUCAAUAUUUAAAGGAAUCCAUAGAAAAACAAAUAAUGAUUAUAUAAGGAUCAUUGACAGGCUUGAUAAAAUUGUGUCAAAUCAAGGGUUUUCUGGAAGAAGAAUUUGCUUAACAGAUGAAAAAUCUAUUGAAGGAAUUUUGGACACGGGGGAAGCACAGUUUUUUUAUGUUCCUGUAAGAGGAGAAAGAUGCCCAUUAAGGGUCAAAAUAACUCAAAGAGGAAAACUUGCUGCUUAUGUGUCAAGAACAACGCCUGAGCCAUGUGCUGAGCUUUGUGAAAAAGAAUUUAGGACAGAAGAAUUCCAAUUUGCAGAGCCAGGGAUGAAAUUUAAUUGUGAAAAUAUUUACAUGUCUCUUUUCGCACUCAUCAAUACUAAAUAUACAGGUUGUCUGAUGAUGGCGCUCAAUGCGCCAUCAAGCAAUACCAGAAAAGGGUCCACACGGGAAAUAUAUUCUACUUGUAGAGCCCUUUUUGGGACGUAAGUGAGGAUUCUCCACAUUUCCCGUUUAGAGCCCUUUUCUGGUUUUGUCCGAUGAUGGCACAUUGAGCGACAUCAUCGGGCAUUUAUUAUAUAUAAUCAGAGUGGCAUUUGGGCAGCAAAAAGAAUCCCCAAUAAAAAGACGGUCCAUGAGCAUAAGAAACAUUGCGAAAUCUCGAAGUGUUUUAUCAUUAGAGCAGAUUAAAAAUGAUGUUGAGCUUAGGCAUGAUUUUUUAAAUAAAGUAAACACUUUAUUAGAAAAAAGGGCUAAAAGUCUAUUUGAUCAAAGAUUUUGAUAGUAUGGAAUUAUUUCCUCGGGAGAAUUUGCUAGAACUGUUUUAAAUAUAAAGAAAUCUACUGAUAAAAAAUCUUUAAUUUCGAUCAAAUAUCUUACAAGGACAAAAAUUUUACUAAAUUUCCUUAAGAAAUGCCAUUUGGCUCAUGCCUUUUCCUCAGGAUAUUUCCUCUUGCAGAUUCUUGGUAAUGCUUGUUGAAACUUUUUCUAGUAAACAUUUGGCCAAAAGCAAUGAUUUUUGCCGAGCAAAUAUUUAACUCCCCCUUCCUUUAAAUUGGAACAAAAAAUCCUGUUACAAUUUAAAGGAUUUAAUGCUUUUUUAAAAGAAAAUUUAUAUCAAAUUUUUUUCUAUUAAAAAAUUUUUUAAGUUAAAGUACCAAAAAAUGUAAUUUUUUACCAAUAUUUUGCUCCAAUUUAAAGUGGCGGAGUAAAGAGAAAAUGUUUCGAAAAAGUUGUGCUAGGAAUUUCUUAAAAAUUAAGACCUAUAGACCUGCUGCUAAAAUGUUUCGAUCAAAAAGCAUGCACCAAGAAAAAAGAAAACGAGAAAUGUACGAAACCGGGCACAAUAAAAAUUUCGUAAAGCUGAACCUUAAUGUGGUAGACAAUGAAGCUAGAGCAGACACCUUAAGGUCCAGCACUGAAAAAAGAGACAGGAGGCAUGAAGAAGCAACUGAAAGGAAACAUAAUUAUGAAGUCUAUAAAAAGCAGAGAACGAUUGACUCUAUAAAUAGACAUAUGACAAGAAAAGAAAAAGAAGAGCUGGAAAGGCAAAUUUUAGAAAAAAAGUCCAGCAUAUUGAAAUGCCAUAAAUUUUGGUUCAGCUUGAUUGAUCUAUGCAUAAGCAUACAAACAAUUACUGAUCUCAUUGCAAAAAGGCGAGAAAUGAAAGUGAAAAAAUUAAUGAGGAAUUUUUCUGCUUGGAAAAUACAGAGGGCGUAUAGAAACUGGGUAGAAACAAAGUUUAGGGGCAUGCCAACUCAAAAGUUUAGGGCAAGGAAUAUCCUGCUUCUUACUGGCUUUGUAGGGAAAUUAUUUAUAAAACCAAAAACUGAUGGUCAGCUGAUUUUAUGCAUAAAGUCGAGUAAAACGAAUUAUAUGGUGAGGAACUGCUUUGGGGAUUUUUUCAAAAAAAUUGUAUUAAUACAGACAACUUGGAAAAAAUACCAAGAAACUAAAAAAAAUAGGUAUGGAGAGCUUGUAAAGCUAUGGAAUUCAGUUGUGGGGAAAAUCAUUAAGGAUAUUCAAAAGAAAUCAAAGAGAAGAAGGAAAGUGACAAAUGACACUGACAAAUACUUUUCAAUUAGUAAAGAAGUUCAAUCUUUUGUAAUAUGCCAUGCUUAUAGCUAUUAAUAUUUUUAUUGUAAUAGUGGUUUUUAUUUUGCCUUAUAAUACUGCUAAAAAUGCUACAUAUUAUUAACCUAAAUAACUUCUAAUAGUAUAAAUGAAUAUUUGACUGAUAAAUAUAAUCAAGCCUGCGAAAGCUUAAAGAACACCAAAGGAAGAAUCAUUGUAAACUUCAUCCCAUCUCCUAAAGAAAUGAGGUGGCUUAUAGACAGGGCUGCAAAUAUACAGCUAAGUUUGGCAUCUUAA